AUGGCACAUGCACUCAUUGCAAGUCUCGUAGACAAAUUAUUAUCAGUUAACGAUGCGGCAAAUCCAUCUCUCACAUACACUACUACGGAGGGAAUUAUAAGAGAGGCCAUCGACGUUUGCACACAAAUUGUACUCGACCAAGAUACAAUGGUGGAGAUUGAAGCACCCGUGAAUAUAUGCGGAGAUAUACAUGGUCAAUUUCCCGACCUCCUUCGGAUAUUCAACAGAUGUGGCUAUCCGCCUGACUGUACGUACUUAUUUCUAGGUGAUUAUGUUGACAGGGGACGACAACAACUGGAAGUAAUAACAAUAUUAAUGAGCUAUAAAAUUCUUUAUCCGGAAUGCUUUUUUAUUCUUCGUGGAAAUCACGAAUGUAAAAUCAUUAACAAGGUUUAUGGCUUUUAUGAUGAGUGUAAGCGUCGAUAUAGCGUAAGACUAUACAACAUAUUCCAGGACUUCUUCGAUGCCCUCCCCCUAUGCUCAUUAGUAGCAGGCCGUAUCAUGGGAAUGCACGGUGGUCUUUCUCCAUGCCUCACAUCAUGGUCCCAGAUGGAGGAUAUAAGCCGUCCUCUUGAUCCUGAAGACAUCCCAAUGGCAAUGGACCUCCUCUGGUCAGAUCCUGACCCACAAACUCACGGAUGGGCAAGAAAUUCUCGGGGAGUGUCAUACGUUUUCGGAGUCAACGUAGUAAAAAAAUUUUGUAGAGACAUGGACCUCGACCUGAUCGUUAGAGCUCAUCAGGUGGUUCAAGACGGUUACGAGUUUUUCGCUGAUCGACGACUUGUCACAAUUUUUUCUGCACCAAAAUAUUGUGGAGAAUUCGACAACAGCGCUGCAGUGAUGAUUGUUAAUAAGAAUUUGGAAUGCUCAUUUGAAGUCUUAAAACCUAUGGAUAAUCCUCCGAAAGUGAGAGCACGACUCAAUUCUAAGAUUGUAAGGAAGAAAAAGUCAAAGAAGUCUCUUAGAGAGAAGUCGAAGAUACGUGCUCAAUAA